AUGGCCCUUUAUGUGGGGAUCAACGCUGAUGACGCUGUGAACUUGUGGGAACCCGACAUGCAGAGUGCUCUUAAAGAGAACAUGUUUAUGUCCUACAAACGCAAGAAGAGUCUCCUCAUCGGUAUCAACUAUGUCGGCAGCAGCCAUGAACUACGUGGCUGCCACUCCGAUGUCGACAACAUGGCGGAUUUCCUGUCCUAUCGCGGCUAUAACAACUCCCAAAAAGAUAGAGUCAUCCUCUCCGACCGUCCAGAGGUAUCCUACGAUUCACCAUACUACCCGAACGGUCACAAUCUCAUCGCAGCAAUCGACUGGCUGGUUUCCGAACCCGGUUGUACACUCUUCCUGCACUACUCUGGACAUGGUGGGCAAAUCGAAGAUGUGGACGGGAACAGGGGCUCUACUGGCUUGGAUGCAUCUAUUGUUCCUGUUGAUUUUGAACAGAGGGGUCAAAUCUCUAGUACCAUCUUGCACGAGCAUCUUGUCACGCGCAUGGCGCCUGACUGUACACUGUUCGUAAUUAUGGACUGCUGUCACUCUGGCUCUGCACUUGAACUUCCCUACGUAUAUCGUUCCGACAGCGAAGGCCAGAUCAGCUUGAUGGAUAACCUCAAGACCGGGCUCUACCUCGCAGGCGAAGCUCGUGACAUCAUCUCUGGCGGAUUUUCAUACAACAAGAUUGGCGAGGCGCAGCAACUGCUCGCCGGCGCCAGCAGUUUCUUCAAAGGUCUCCGUCAUUUUGGUGAGGGACAAGAGGAAGGGCUGGAAAGCGGUGAGUUUGCGGGACAGUAUGGAAGUGAGCAAAAGAUGGUUACCAUGUUCAGCGGAUGUAGGGAUGAUCAGACCAGUGCAGAUGCGAAGAUUGCCGGGCAAGCAACUGGAGCAAUGACAUGGGCGUUCUUGGAGAUGAUGAAGAGUAGUCAGAAUCCAAGUUAUGCUGAGCUUUUGGACGAGAGCAACUAUACCCAGGUUCCUCAGCUCAGCUCAGGGCUUGAUAUUGAUUUGGAUGAAAUGACCCUUGUGCUCUGA